CAGUUUUCAAAUUCAGUGCCGGCAAAACGUCCGACUGAGCCGUACGCGUGCGUCCGCUGAGGCGGGAAACUUCGCGCACCCGAAACGUCAACUUUUCAAAAAUUGAACACCAUAAACUAAAAUUAUUUUUCUAUAACCGAGUGAUGAGGCAAAAGUGUUUUGUGUGAUUAUGGAUUUUUCUUAGAAAAAAAAUGUUCUGAUGCAAAUCAAAAAUGGAGCUGAAAUCUGUGAAGAAGAAAAAGUCCACGGCUGAAAAAGUGAUGUCGUGGAAGAAGAUGUUUCGCGCGCCAAUCCUGAUCCUUCUCCUUCUCGGGACGUCGAGUUGUGACAGUGACAGUGAAACGGACAUUCCAAUUUCGAAUUCGACCAGAAUACAUCCGAUAAAAUGGCGGCACAGACACGAGCACAAACAUCCAAACUGUACAGUGUUAGAUUAUAAGGACAAACACACGUUGAGUGACAUUAGAUAUUUAAGGAGACAUUUGAAUAGGGAGAUCGUGAAUUUUGUGAUGACGGACGUGCUCACUGAUGGCGAGGUGGAGAACAGGAUCCACUACAAUGGCAUCACCGCGAAAGAGACAUCUGUUGGCGCUGAUGGGAACGGACUGAAGCUUCGGCAGCUGACCGACGGCCGCCAUCUUAUACAAGUGAUAUACACGCCAAACGGCGAAAUGCAAGAUUGCGAGUUCAUAACGGAAGUCAAAUCAACAAGAAACUUCCUGAAAACCUUAAGAAAAGAGCUCAAACUCGCGCUAGACGAGGAGAGCUAUAGAAUACUAGAGAAAAACCAAAACGACGAAGACAACAAGUUCUACCGCCAUUUUGGAAAUGUGACGUUUCGAAUUUUGAAAGACGAAGCUUUGCCGCCAAAUGUAGCGUCAUGGCUGAACUAUGACAGAUUAAAAAUGGAAUGCAUAGAGAGGCACAAGGAGUUGACGUACAUGGUGGAGAAAAAAAAUAAAGUUGCAGACACGACUCUCGCUAGGUCGCGCAGGUCGGUCAGGGAGAAUUUCAUAGUCCCGGGGACGAAGUGGUGCGGUGCCGGGCAACUGGCGGAGAGGUACAGCGAGCUGGGGUCCCACAGGACCGAGGAUAGAUGCUGUAGGGCCCACGACAACUGCAGGGUUAACAUCGGGGCGUUUAGACGAAGAUUCGGCUUGUUCAACUACCGACCGUUCACGAUCUCGCACUGUCGAUGUGAUAGAAGAAAAAAGCGGGACGCAAUGGAGUUGUUGCGGGUUCCUGGAACGAAAUGGUGUGGUAAAGGUUUUUCGGCGACACAUUAUUCACAACUGGGCGGGUACACGCGCACCGAUAGGUGUUGUAGAGUCCACGACCUGAGGUGUCCCUUCUGGAUCGGGGGGAUGGAGAAGAAGUACGGACUCUACAAUUGGCGCGUAAACACCCUGAUGCACUGCCGGUGCGACGAGAGGUUCCGCGCGUGCCUCAAACUGGCCGACACAUCAGUGUCCAACAUGGUCGGGAAACUCUUCUUCAACAUCGUCCAGACCAAGUGCUUCAUACUGAAGCCUGUCAAGAUGUGCACGCAGCGCUCCUGGUGGGGGAAAUGCCUGAGGCGGGGGUACAAGAAGCAGGCCUACCUCAGAGAUAAUCUGCCAUAUUAAAUUCCAAUUUUGAAUUUUGACAGUUGCUUUAUAGUCUAUGGUACUAGGUCUCUACGGGUGUGUUCUGAAAUAUAAGUCAGGGAUCAUGACGUCAUUAUCCGAAACCUCCGAAAAUUAUUGUACUGGUGUGGUACAUUAUAAUAUGUGAUCCAACAAAACCAUAAUACAUCAAGCACUGGCCAGUAUUUUUUGGAACUGGCGGCGUGUCUAUAGAGGUAUACCCUAGUACUAGUAACAAUAUUAUGAAAGUUCGACACUCUUUUGGGAGGAUUGCAUAAAAGAAGAGAGAAGAAGAAAGAUAAAAGUUACGACUUUAUAGAUAUUUAGGGUCUGUUGUCGCGGUUUCAUAUUGCGCGAUAGAGACAAACUUCUGGAUUAUAUGGUGUUCGUCACCCUUCUGACGAAAACAGGCCCCGAGUGAACUACAAAACGGUCUGAUUGUAAAAUUGCGAAGAUUCAUUCAAGACACAGUUUGAAUUAAUACAUAAUUAACAGAUCUAAAGAAAUAAUAAUUUAAAUAAUAAAUUGCAAGGUUUACCUUAGGCGUAGGCUUAUUUGAGAAAAUAUAAUAAAGCGAGUAAGCUGUAAUAAUAAUAUCAUGCAAGUAUAUAAUGUGUUUUGUGUCACAAACCAGAGCUAACUUAUUAUAUUUUCAAGUCUUUUGCCAUAAAAUAGUUUUUAUAUUGAGUCGUUAUUUGAAUCUUUUGUUUAGAUAUCUCUAACCAAUGUGAAUAUUUUACCGUUUAUUUAAUGCCCGUUUUUGAGGUAUUUUGAAUCCAAUCCAGUGCUAGAUUAUCUACUACUGGAAAAAGUAAUCCAGGAUUAUAAUAAUGUACACCCGAAAUUACCAUUCAUCAUUGCUCUGCUCAAAUUUUUUGAACAUUGAAUAGGUAUACUUAAUAAAAAAUCUAGUUUUAUCGUAUAUAAAAUAAUAGCAAAAUUAAAUAACAAACAUUGUAUUUAUAUUACAGUCUGUGUCUGUCUACCUCUGACAGGAGCAUAAAGUUAAUAUACCUAGCGAAAUAGAGCAACAAUCUUAGCUGUCA